GCAUAGGGGGAAACCUAGCUAUUAGUGUAGCAGGGUCAUGAAGAAGAGGCGGCGGCGGGAGAUCGGAGGCGGCGGCGGGGGUGUGAAACUGCGGUAGCUGCUUGCUGGGCUAGUGGCUUUGUAGGAAAGGCGUAGCUCCUAAAGCCGUCUCCGGGCAGCGGCCGGGGCUCGGGGCUGAGAGCGGCCGCGGGGCUGCCUCCCCGGGCCCCCUGGCUCCGCCAUGUUCCGCAGGGCACGCCUUAGCGUGAAGCCGAAUGUCAGGCCUGGAGCCGGGGCCAGGGGCUCCGCCGCUCCCAAUCCCCAGCGUGAACCGGAGGCUCCCAGGCCUCCGGAGCCUGCAGCGACCUCUGCCCCGAAGCCAGCGGAGUCCACAGAUGUGCCCCCGGUGGGUUUUGGGGAAGCGGAGCCCCAAGAACAGACUCCCAAGAGCAGUGAUGAAAAGACUGAUGGUGGGAAGGAUGUUGAAGAAUCUAGUAAAUCUUCCUCUGCUGUUUCACAGAGAAGAAAGCGAGUAUCAAGUACUUCUAGUCUGGAUAAACCUGGUGUCAGUGUUCCUUCAGAACCUCAUCCUUUAUCUACAGUUAAUCAAGAAGCUCCACAGCCAGACCCUGGUCCAACAGAAGAGAAACAGCCAUGCUCAGACAGAUACCGAAUAUAUAAAGCCCGGAAACUGAGAGAAAUGUUAAAAGAAGAAUUGAGGAAAGAGAAGAAGCAAUGGAAAAACAAAUGUGCUAUAAAUGAAAGUCAGAGGCCACCAGAUCGUUCCAAAAUGACUAUGAGAGACUUCAUAUAUUACCUGCCAAAUAACAAUCCAAUGACUUCUUCACUGGAACAAGAAAAGAAAACUGAAAAAUCAUCAACACCAGUCCAGACAAGAGAGCAAGAAGGCAAGGGUGCUCCUGAUGGUGAAGAUGAUGAGGAAAUAGAAGAAGAGGUGGAUGAUGGGCCGUUGCUGGUUCCUCGAGUAAAAGUGGCAGAAGAUGGUUCUAUUAUUUUGGAUGAAGAAAGUUUAACUGUAGAAGUUUUAAGAACAAAAGGUCCCUGUGUUGUUGAGGAAAAUGACCCCAUAUUUGAGCGUGGUUCUACAACUACGUAUUCCAGCUUUAGGAAAAACUAUUACUCUAAACCAUGGUCAAAUAAAGAAACAGAUAUGUUUUUUUUAGCCAUCAGCAUGGUAGGAACAGACUUUUCUAUGAUUGGACAGCUUUUUCCUCACAGAGCAAGGAUAGAAAUUAAGAAUAAAUUUAAACGUGAAGAGAAAACAAAUGGAUGGAGAAUAGACAAAGCAUUCCAGGAAAAGCGCCCUUUUGACUUCGAUUUUUUUGCUCAUUUGCUUCAGAAAGUUCUUGCUGAAGAAGAGAAAAGAAAACAAAAACCUGUUAAAAAUCAGAGUUUAAAGGAGAAGAAGUCCUCUAAAUCACGGAAAAAUGUAAAAGUGAAAAAAGUUGCCAGUGAAAGAGUUGAUGAUGACCCAGAUGAAUCUGUGAGCCCUAAAAUUUCAGACACAGAAGGAUCUCAAAAGGAUGCUCAGACAGUUGAAGAACAGUCUCUGAUUUUAUCAGGACAGGAUUCAGAACAGAAUGCAUUAGAACAAGACAUAAAUCAAAAAAAAAGAAGAAAGAAUCAGGAUAAAGGUGGUGAACAAGAAGUAAAUCUUUCAGAAAAUGCCACUGUUCAGCCAGGUUCUUCUAAAGGAGAAAAACACAAAAAUAAAUGCCUGCCUUUAGGUCCUGAGAUAAAUGAAGAUGAAGGCAAUAAGGAACAAGAGCUUCCCUGUGUACAGAACACAGAAGACAUUGUGGGUUUAUCCUCUAGUGAAAAGGUGGAGAAAGGAACUGACCCUAUUCUUUCAUCAAGUGGUCAACAAGAUGCCGUAUCAGUAGCAACUGAGACUUCAGAAUCAAGUACUUCAGAUUUGCCUUCAUCAGAAGGUGGAAUUAGAGCAUUGUGUGAGGUGAAUAAUGCUGAGAGUAGUUGUACAGAAGAAAGAAAUGUUGACCAAAAAAAUAAAUCACUGGAAACUGAUCAAACAGAAAAUAUUAAACCCAUGACAAGAGGACGACUCCAGAGACCCAAACCCAAUUUAUCAAGGGCAGUUGGGAAGAAAUCAGUUCUUUCACAAGGUAAAACAGAUGCAGAGAAGAAGAGUUUACAUACAGAAACUUCAGUUGAAAAGAAUCACAUGGAAAAGGAGAAAAUGAAUACACUUAGUAUUUCUGGAAUGGAGAAUACAGAGAAAAAGAACCUAGAAGCUGACACUGUAUCCAAUUUGAGUGAAAAAAUUUGUCUGCAGGAAGAUGAUCAACCAAAGGCUUUCAGACCCGCACGACUAAUGAGGGGCCUAUUGCAAAGGCCAAAGCCAAAUGUAGGUAAAGCUGCUGGAAGAAAAGAAGCUCUUACAUCACAGGAAAAAACUGGGGCCAGUGUAGAAAAGAAUGAAAAUGAAUCCUGUAUUGAUAGAGAUACUCCUGAACAAAUAGAAGAUCAGUCAUGUAAACAUUUUGAGUGUGAAGACAUCACAUCACAAUCUGAAAAAGAAGAUACUUCUUUUCAAAAUGUGCAGUCAGAUGAGCUCAAGGCUCUUAAUGAAUGUCUAAGUAUUCAAGAGGAUAAUAAAGCAAAAAAACAAGUUCAAGUUCUAAAGACUCGAUUUCAGAAACCAAGGCCAAAUAUAGGAAGGAGAACUGGAAGAAGAGAGAUUUUCUCAAAGGAAGAGAUAUCAAAGGAGAUUCUUACAUCUGAGGAAAUGACAGCAGCUUUGAAAGAAACUGCAAGCUUGGGAACCUCACCGAAGGAGAAGGUACCUGUGGAAACUAAUACUACUAAGGAAAUGGAGUCAGAUUUAAAAGAAACUGGAAGAAGAGACAUCUCUCCCAGGGAGAAAAUUCCAGAAAUGAUUGAUGUCACUGUGGAAAUGGAGACAGGUUUGAAAGAAGCUGGAAGAAAAGACAUCUCUCCCAGGGAGAAAAUCCCAGAAAUAGUUGAUGUUGCUGUGGAAAUGGAGACAGGUUUGAAAGAAACUGAAAGAAAAGACGUCUCUCCCAGGGAGAAAAUCCCAGAAAUGGUUAAUGUCACUGUGGAAAUGGAGGCAGAUUUGAAAGAAACUGGAAGAAAAGACAUCUCUCCCAGGGAGAAAGUCCCAGAAAUGCUUGAUGUCACUGUGGAAAUGGAGACAGAUUUGAAAGAAACUGGAAGAAAAGACAUCUCUCCCAGGGAGAAAGUCCCAGAAAUGCUUGAUGUCACUGUGGAAAUGGAGACAGAUUUGAAAGAAACUGGAAGAAAAGACAUCUCUCCCAGGGAGAAAAUCCCAGAAAUGCUUGAUGUCACUGUGGAAAUGGAGACAGAUUUGAAAGAAACUGAAAGAGAGAUUUUCCCAAGUGAGGAGAUAACAGAGGUGACUGAUGCCACUGAGGAAAGUGAGACAGAUUUGGAAGAGACUGAAAGAAGAGAAAUAUCCCUACAGGAAAAUACCCCAGAGACGGUUGAUACUAUUGGUGAAGUGGAGACAGAUUUGAAAGAAAUUGGAAGAGAGAUUUCCCCAUGGGAGAAGAUACCGGAGAUGAUUGAUGCCGUGGAGAAGGUAGAGACAGGUUUAGAAGAAACUGAUAGAAGAGACAUAUCUACACAAGAAAAGGCCUCAGAGGUCAAAACUAUAGGUGAUGAAAUGGAGACAAAUUUGAAAGAAAUUGGAAUAGAAAUUUCCCCAAAGGAAAAGGUACUAGUGGGGAUCAGUGCUACAGGGGAAAGGGAGAUUGAUUUGGAAGAUACUGGAAAAAGAAACAUUUCCCUGAUGGAAAAGGUAUCAGGACAGGUGACUGCCAUUGAGGAAACAGAGGCAGAUUUGAAAGAAACUGAAAGAGAAAUUUCCUUGAGGAAAAGCAGAUCAGAAGAGAACAGUGCUUCUGAGGGAAAGGUGGCAGAUUGGGAAAAAAUUGGGAAAAUAGAUAUUUCUCUAAGGGAAAAUGAACCAGAGGAGACUGGAACCUCAAGACAAACUGAGACAGAUUCAUUGCAGAGCGGUAGUGGUGACUGCAGCGCUGUGCCUUCACUAAAUGUUGAAGACAUUAGCAGUGAAGUAUUAUCCGUGGUGCAUACAUCUGUGGAAGAAAAAAGAAAUUCUGAAAAGGAAGUGUCAAGUCAGUUGAGUCACUUGACCAUUUCUUCACAGACUUCUGAACUUGAUAAAAUAGAAGACCAGAGGAUGCAAUCUCCAGGUGUUGCAGAGCAGUUUUCAGAAACUAAUUUAAGCAAAUCUCUUCCUCAAGAACAGAAGCUAUUUGAAGUUAAACCAGCACCUUUUGUGAGAAGUAGAUUCAAAAGACCAAAGCCAAACUUAGCAAGAGCAGCUUCAAAAAGAGAGACUACGAAAGCAGAAAAACAUGCAUCUGGAAAGAAAGUAGAAGCUGAUAAAACAGGAACUGUUGUGAUACAGCAGAGCUGUGAACAAACGAGUACUCUCCCUUCUCAACAUGAUGUGGCUUCCCUAAUGACAUCAAGAGAAAACGACAAAUCAGAUCACAGUCAGGAGGAGGCUGUGAUACUACCAUGUGUACAGACUGAAAAGGACCUUUCACCUUCAAGUUCUUUUGAACCUAAAGAGGAGUCGCAGUCUACACAAGCCCAGGAAAAGGAAUUAGUUGUCUCUGUGGGGACUCAUAACAUAAACACUUUAGAACAAGAAAUGAAGGAAAGUGUUAUCCAAACUGCUCCACCGGUAAGGGGCCGACUUCAGAGGCCCAGGCCAAACUUAAGAAAGGUUGGCCAGAGACAAGUAAUAGAAAAAAGUGAAGCCAAAGAAAUAAUUAAGGAAGAAAGGACACUACAAAAAGAUGAAACUGAAAAGAAAUUCCUGACUGUGCCAAAUUCUCAAAUUGCAACCGAAAUGGAAGUUGUAUCCUCCAAAGUUUCAGAAGGCAGAAUGUACGAAAACCAGAGUCACGUUCUUUUACAAGACCUUCAUGCUAACAAAAUAAAUGUUUUAGAUGAAAAGAUGAGACAUGAACAUAAAACGUAUGUUCCUAGUCCAUCACAAAUGAUAAGAAGGCGAUUCCAAAAGGCUAAGCCAAAUUUGGGAAGAGCACAAGGGAAGAAAGAGGAAUCAGGCAUAGAAAAAGACAGAGCAGAUGAGAGUGAGGCAAGGAAGCCAGAAGAUAAUUUGCUGCAACGUGGAGAUUCUGACACCCAGCUUCUUCAAAAAGGAAAAGCUGAGUUUCUGACGUCUCUGGAGGUUUCAGCAAAAAAAGAUUCUAUAGGUUCCAAGGAGACUGGUUUGGCAAAAAAAGAUGCUCAGUCAGAAGUUGGACCAUCAGGAAGUGUUGGAGAGAAAACUGUAGGGGAUAAUUCUGUGCGUUCAGUUGUUGAAGAGCAGUAUGUCAGUAAACCAACAAGCUCUUCACAACUGCUAAAAGAAUCAAAUUACUCUAAAAUUGCUCUGGAUCGAAGAACAGCUCGCUCUUCUGCCUCUGGGUGUGAGAUAGAUCGUAGUGAAAGGAGACUGCGUCGAAAGAUUAAGCCAAACGUCCCGAAAGGGCGUGGAUCAAAACGAAUCCGGAGUAAGACCUCUAAGAAGGAACCUAGAGUUUCCAAGGCUGUGCUGGUGACUCUUCGAGCUUCCCAGGAAGAAGAUGAAGAUGAUGCUGAAGACUUUGAGUCUGACUAUGAAGAAGAAAGCUAUCAUCUUGCUCCAGAAGAAGUAAACAAAGCUCCAGUGUUUGUACCUGUUGGCCUCAGAUCUCCUGAACCUGUUUCUGCUCAGAUUGAGGAAACCAUGGAAGAGCUUGAAAUACGCACGAAUAUCCCAGAUAUAGGAUACAUAGCUGUUGUUGAACAUCAGCUCUCAUCAAACAUAGAUGUGACUACUCAGGAAACGAAACAAGAAGAAAAUUUGAAUGCGCUGUCAGUUGAAAUGACCACAGGUGAACAUUCCCAGGCCGAAACAGGUACCAGCGAUGGAAGCACUGAAGCUGCCAUAACUUUACUUACAAUGGGAGGUCUGGUGUUGCAGUCAGAGAUCGGUACAGAACAGAGUGAUGGAGUAUGUGUACUUCCUGACAUUCAUUCAAAUGAUAAAAGCCAUAUUCCUUUUAGCCCAGAUAAUAUAAAUCUCAAAAUUGUUCGUGAAUGUCAGGAACCGCCUUCACCUGUCCAUAGUACAUCAUCUCCAUCAGUAGAAGAAAACAGAGUUGUAUUGGAUGAACAAAGUACUAAAGAAGAAAUUGGAUUAAUGGAAGAAGUAAAGGAAAACACUAUAUCAUCCAGGACUGCAGCUUCUGAAGUGACCGGUAAUUUGAGGAAGAGAAGUAGAUUUGCCAAGCCUAAGCCAAACCUUAAGACGAUUUUAAGGACCAGCAAGUUUGGUGCUCAUCAGGAAGCUACCAGUUUGUUUGUAACUAAAGGAGAAGUGGAAAUUCAAAGAGAAACUGAGGAAGAUGCUUCUAAAGGAACAGAAUUAGAAGAUAAAAACCUUGGAUCAGUUACAACAGCAGAGAGUAAGGAGCAGAGCAAAUUGGCAUCUGUACAUGGUAUUGGAGAAACCAGUGUUUCACAAGAAGCACACCUAACUGCAAGAAGUGAAGAUCAAGAAGGGAGGUCUGAAGAGGUUCACAUAUCAUCAGUUGCUCCAGUUGUUUCUUCUGAGUCAAGGCCCCACACACUUGGUUCGGGUAUGGGUUCUGGUGAGAGUUCUGUUGAAGACCCCCUGGGAAAGGACUCUAACGGAGACAGUGUGCUUACACUUCAUGUGCCAGAGUGUAUACCAACUAGUAUUCCAGAAGUCCAGCAAGAGAAUGUAAACAAUCCUCAAGACCUAACAGUGAAUCUAUUUGCUAAUGUACAUCAAGAUGGUGAGGAUGAACAAGCAUUCAUUUUGACUCUGGUGGAAAUCCCAACCAAUGCAGUAGAAGAAUUUGCUGAUACCACUAUGCAGUUAAUGCCAAACACCUUACUGCCAGCGCCCAUAUUGGUCAAAUCAGUGAAUACAGAAGAAAGGGGGGACAUGAGUAUCAGUUUUCCAGUAACUUCAGUUGGUCAGGAUAACAUGUGUUUAUCUAAUUCUGGAAGAGAUGAUUCUGAAAAGCCACCUGCUAAUUUGGAUCUUGUAUCUAGGAAGAGACUUCAUUGUAAGCUUGAUGAAAGUGACCAUGUUCCUCCUGCCAAAAAAAGUUCACUCACUUCAAAAGACGAUUGUCAAAAAUAUACCUCUGAGGUGUGUUCACAGGAAUUAAUAAAUGUUUUGGAGGAAACAGGGGGGUCUUACAAGGGACAAGAUAUUUUCCCUACCUCAGGAAACACACAUACAAUUCCAGAACCUCAGAAAGAGCAACUUGAACCAACUUUUCAGAGUAUCACAUCUAGAUCUGUUGAUAAAAUAACAGAUGUACAAGAAAGGAAUGCAUCUCAGUUACCUCAGGAGGAGAUAAUGGUGCCUGAUAAGGAAGAAAGGACUUGUGCUGCCUCUACGUCUGAACAAAUGGACAGCAUCACAUCAUCUUCAAAAACCCCACUAUCCAGACCUGGCAGAAGACCCCUGGGAUUUUUGUCUUUAAUAUGUUCAAAGAAUAGUUUGGAGUCUGAUGAACCAACUCAGGUUCAUAGUAAGAAACGCCUAAAACCUCUUAUACCUGUAUCAAGACAGAAUUUGAAAAGAUCUAAUCCUCUCAAUGUAAACCAGAAAAAAGCUGAAGAGUCCUCUGAUCUUCCAUCUCCAAGUGUUGUUGUUAAUACUGAACCUAAAAAUACUGAUAGUUCAGCAACUCAGGUUUCUUGUAACAGUUCCUUACCAAAAGGAGAAUGUAAAGGUGGCCAAAACCGGGUAACUGAAGAGGAGCCAACCACAGUCUCUGAAUAUUUCUUCAGCGAUAUCUUUAUUGAAGUGGAUGAAACAGAAUAAAAGUCGUCUUUUUUUUUUUUUUUUUUUUUUUUAAGUCUAGGAUUCCCAGAGUCAGUUAUAUCAGCAAAGCAGUAUUUAGAAAAAAGCAUCACUGGCAAUUUUUCUUUAGGUUGAUUUUGAAUAUUUAAUAGGCUUGAUUUGAAGCUUUUCUAAUCAGUGAAAAGCAUUGCUGAGGUUCCUUUCAUCCUGAUUGAUCCAUCAAGACUGCUUUCUCAGACAGAAGUAACAACUCUCGUUUACAUUUUAACUCUUCUGUGUUGAACACACAUGGACAUGUUGGAAUGUCGUGGAUAAAUGUCUCUGUAUAUAUCACAGUGCCGUCGUAUUUGGAGGUGGAUUGCAUUUAACAUUUAGCAAACCUUUUGUGAAGGUUUUUUUCUGUUUCUUUAGGGUUUUUUGGUUUUUCGUUUCUUGGGGGGAUGGGGGGGUUUGGAUGGUGAAGGCCUUUUCAAUUGCCCCUAUGUGUAUGAAAGGAAAUUGUGAAACUCCACUUUAGUAUGGUAAAUGUUUAAAACUUUUCUAUUAUCAGCUAUUUGACUGAAAAAUGUGUAUUUUUCUAAUUCGUGUUGAUGUAACAUUAGUCCUAAUUGAAGAACUGGUAUUUAAACUUACUAUUUAUAAAGAUAAAACAUCAAAAAGCUUAUUUAUUUUUAAAUUUUUUAUUUAAAAGAAUAUUCAGUUUUAAUUAUUUUUACCCCUGAGAUUGUGGGUAAAGAAGGCAUUAACAAAUUUAUGUUUGUCUCCUUUCCCUCUUUAAUUUUAAAGAUAUUUAAAGUGAUGUAACUAAAGUGUUUCAAUAGAGUAUAUGUUUUGAAUACAUUUUUUUCUCAUAGUUUAGUAUAUGGACUUUGUACUGUGAAUUUUUUGUUUUUCUUAUUUCUUGGAUAAUCUCAGGAUUUGUAUGGAAAAAAAACACCCUUUAUUUUUGAGGCAAAUUUCCAUACAAAACUCAGUCUCCAUUACACACACACAUGCUCACAUACACACAUUCCUUUUUUAAAUAACAAUUUCUUGGUAUUUUUUUUUCCCCAUUAAAUUUUCCUUAAGGAACUAAGUACUUUUACCUUUAUGCACAGAACGUAAUUGUGAUGUUAAAAACAGAAAAUGAGGUAGCAGUAAGACUUUAUUAAGUCAGUGAUUAUUAUCAGUAUGAAUUUAUUUGAAAAGCUUUCUGGGUUGAUAAUACAUUAGAUCAAAAGUCAGAAACAUUUUCUGCAAAAUAUUUUCGAGUUUGUGGGCCCUCUGUGGUAACUAUUCAACUCUGCCAUUUCAGUGUGAAAACAGCUACAGACAAUACUUUAAUGAUGGACAUGGAUGGAUUGGAUUUUUAGUUUGGCCCCUACAUUAGACAGUAGUUUUCUUACCUUAUGGUGCUGAUGUCAUGACCUAUGAGAUAUUUGUCACUGGAGUUAUGAGUUGUGCCUAGUAAUUAAAACCAUUGAUUGCAUUAUGAAAUCAGUAUUUCACUUGGGAAGAUAUUUUAAUGUCUAAUUAUGUUUGUAAAUUGAAAAAAAUGGCGGCCAGUUUUCAAGUUCAAUGGUAAAAUUGGAUUUGGCUUGGCAAGUAUAACAGUAAUCCUAAAUUAUUAAAACAAUUGAUAUUAGAGCAUUUAUUAUUCAUUGCCUUAUAGUGAAAUUUCCAGUUUAACUUUUUUUGUCCUAAAGGAGGAUCUAUAAGGAAAUUCUCUUCAUGUGAUUAAUAUGUCACAGAAAUCAUGGUAGCAAAUCACAUUGCUAUUUUAAUGCCCUUUUUUAUAACUUUUAAAAAUCUCAUAUUCUGAAAAUGUUUCUUUCAUUUAGUUCAUGUUAGUUUGGGUGUUAGGUUGUCAUAGCUAAACUAUUAUUUUAUUCCUUGUUUAAUAUUACUUUUAAAUUUUGUUAACAUCUGUCUCUUGUUCAUCUACAGUGAGUUAAUUUUAUGGAAGAUGUAACUUCUUACUGUAUACAGGAUAAUUUUAUCUUUGGGCAUUCAUUGUAUUAGAGAAUCAAGUCAGACAGCUAAAUUAUCCUACUAUUAUAUCCUUCAAACUAUUCUCGGAAAAAGAAACUUAAUCAAUGUAUUUACCUUACAAGGUGGAAAGACUUGUGUUUUUAACAGAAGUGUUUUCACAUCUGUGUUUAAUCUGACUCAUGUAAAGAUGAUGAUGUGAAGAAUUUGUAUUUUAUAAAUCUUAAAAGAGAUAUGAUUAAAGGUCUUUAUUUUUUUCUUGACUUUUCCUCCUGAACACUUACGUCUUAGGAAGUGAUCAACAUGAUGGCUUAAAAGCCUAAUUGUUGGUAAAUGAUUGAGGCACAGAUAAAAAUAUAAAUAUCCACUGUUUACCACCAUGUUCUUUGAAAUAUAAGUGAUCAUGUAUACUAUGUUGCUUGAAGAAGUCUUUGACAAAAAGCAAUAUUUGUCAUUGUAAAUUUUCUUGUUCUAAAGAAAGCAGUUAUAUUCUAUAGAUGUAAAUUAUGUAAAUAAAAGUUAUUUUAUAUUA